AUGGAGAAAUAUAUGAACAUUGGUUCAGCAGUUCCAUUAUCAACUUUUCCAUUAACAACAAUGAAUACAACUACUGAAUUUCAACCAGAAAUAUUUCCACUAUAUUCAUCAGAAGAAGAAAUAGAAUCAUCUAUAUCUGAGGAUGAAACAACCAGUACCGACUCACAACAAUCGUAUAUAGUUGAAUAUUUUCCAUCUAAGAAAACAGUUGAUAAAAUUGGAAAAAUCAUACAUCAUACACCAUUAUCAUUAGUCAAAUCGUCCGACAAAUCUAUUGGUAUUCUCAACAAUGAACAUCAUACUCAAUCAAAUCAAGAAUCAACAACAAAAUCAUCUGCUCAAAUUAAAUUUGUUUCUUUUUUAAGUCCAAGUGAAAAUCAACUUCGUUGA